AUGGCGUCGGACACGGAAACAGAUCAACAACGACACCGGGAGGAGGAGGAGCAGGAGCUCGCCCGUAACAGGAGUGCCGAAGGAGGAAAGGCAGUAAUAGAGAAUGGACACGAGCUACCUUUGCGACCCACGACACCAAUAGGCAAGCCAACCACCGGCGCGCGCCCACCUCAAGCGCAGCCAACAUCCCCAUCCUCCAACGCCGGUUCCUCAGACAACGACAACCUCGCAGGCUCCAGCUCAGUAGACAUCUCCCAAGACGAUGCCGACGCCUCGUCCGAGCUAGUAACCUCCCCAUUAGUGCCAUCAGUAACGUCACCGCCAUACUGGGCGCACGGCCACAACACAAACAACAACCGGGGACUGGGAACACGGCAUACAAGGACCAUGUCAAGCGUGUCGGCGGAAAGCGAUCUGCCCCUGGGCGCCAUCACGCUGCAGGACAACGAGCACGACGACGGGCCGGACGGGGCGAAUGUCUAUGGGCGAGACCGCAACCGAGCGUGUUGGGCGAAGAAGGUGGAUAUUGUCGAUCACAUACUGGUGAAUGGGGGGACGGCGAAUAUAGGGGCGUUUGUGGUUUGGAAUAUUCGGGUUGAGACUUUGAAUGGCUCGCGAAUGAACAUAAGGAAGCGCUACUCCGAGUUCGACGGUCUCAGGAAACGGCUCGUCCAGACAUUUCCCAACUUCGAGGCCGCUGUACCUCCAUUACCUCCCAAGAGCAUCUUACACAGGUUCCAACCCAAGUUUCUCGAAAAGAGGAGGGCGGGGCUGCAGUAUUUCUUAAACUGCAUUCUACUCAACCCGGAAUUCUCUGGGUCUCCUGUUUUGAAGGAGUUUCUCUUUUCCUAA